AUGAUUGGUGCUGCUGCUCUGCUCGUGUAUGCGUCUGCCGCGCUUGCGCUCAACAAUGACGUUGCAAAGCUGCCAGUUCUUGGCUAUAACACUUGGAAUGCAUACCACUGCGACAUUUCCCAAGAGCUCGUGCUUCAACAAGCCCAGUACAUGAAAACUCUCGGCCUUCUCGAUGCGGGGUACACUCAGUUCAACCUCGAUGACUGUUGGGGCGUCACGAGUCGCUCGUCGUCGGGCGAGAUCCAGUACAACAUGAACAACUACACGGCUACGCUCAACUCGAUCGGAUUCAAAGCCGGUAUUUACUCCGACUCCGGCUGGCAAACCUGUGCGGGAUAUAUGGGCUCGUUUGACCACGAGGACCAGGAUGCGGCUACGUUCCAAAGCUGGGGCUUCGACUAUCUCAAAGCUGCAGCUAACAUGAUUCAUCUGCUCCUAAUGUGGUGCAUGCUAAACAGAGCUGCAGCUAACAUGCUAACAUGGUGCAAGCUGAACUCAACUGCGGCUAGCAUGGUGCAUGCUAGAUUCAUCUGGGGCUAG